AUGGAUACGUCUUCCACAAAGCGAAGCAUUUUCGCUUUCGCCGGCGGUCUUUUCCGCAGCCCGGCUCCUCCGGCGGACAAUCGCGAGGAUAAUGCGAGUAUCAAGAACAAUACCACCUCGAACACACCGACCAAGUCUGCGGCAUCAGCAGCAGCAACCGCGCGCCGCGAGAUCCAUGGCGCGUCGUCAGGGCCUCACAGCCCGAUGAAGCGCGCCUCCGAAGCGCAACUCGCAUCGCGACGCAUUCUCGGCCGCCCGCAAGGCCCAUCGAGCAAGUUGUCUCAGAGCAUCUCGGCGUCAGACCUCGCGCACAGGCACACCAACUUGGUGGUUGCGCCCCCGAGGAGGAUGCCGGGCGACAACCCGAACAAGCAGCGACCGACCACGAUUUCGAACUCGGUAUUGUCGCAUGGGCCGUCGACGGGUACGCCGAAGUCGACGAGCUUUUCGGGUGUGGGCUCAACACCGGCGCGGAAUCUGUUUCGCUCCUCAGCGCUUUACGGCCGGCCUCAGCAGCACAACUUCUCUCCUCGUAUCCCUGCCAACACCUUGAACCAGAGCUUUCCGCCUUCGACGCCGGGCAAGCCACCCCGUGGCUCGACUCCGGAUGUUAACGGCCGGAUUCUUGCCAACACCACAUCUGUCGACCUGUUCCAAAUGAGGAUCUCCUCGCCCCCGCUCCAUCUCACCGGCGAAUAUCUCGCCAAAGAGGUGCCCGAGGACCCGAACCGAACGGGUUCCGUGUAUGCCGAUGAAUACCUCGCGCAUUACUGCCCUCCCGACCUGGACGAGCACCAGAGGCGCCAAUUUUUCUGCAUCCUCGAUCUACGGCGGCUGAAAUACGCAGCCGACGAGGUGUUUACCAAGAAGGACUGGAAGUUGAACGUGCUCAACUUUGCCAAGGAAUACGAGAAGAGCAGGAGUUUGAUCAUGCUACGGUAUGGUCUGUACGAGUUUAAGACGGUGAGGGCCUCGGAGGCGGUCAAGAAGGAGUGGAAGCAGAAACAUGGGAUCCCGGACUCGGAAGAUGAGGCCACGACCCCCAGAGCGAAGGGCGCCACCAAGAGGAAGGCAUCGGAAGAGCUCACACCAGCUGCCGAUAACCCGUUCGCGGCGUCCGUCUCUGGCUCCAACAAGCGCGCUCGUGCUCCCGACAACGCGGCCAAGAACAAGCGCAAGGCCGAAGCCCAGCCGGAGGACAGCCAGCCGGCGAAGCUCCAGAAGCCCGCUGCCCCUCCGUCGGCCACCAAGUCGGUGUUUGAGAGCAUUGCCAACAACGCGCAGUCGACCUCGGCGACCCCGACCAAGGCCAGCGGCAAGUCUGUUUUUGCUUCUGGCGCGGCGGCUAAACCCAUCAGUGCCUUUGGCGCAUCGUCCGGCGGGAAUAUCUUUGGUCACCUCUCUGAUGCGAGCAAGGGCAGUGGCAACGAGGACGACGACGACGAUAGUGCGACCGGGUCCGAGGCCGAAGAUGAAGAUGAGGAUAAUGCGGGUGACGAGUCGGAGGAGCCUCGGGACACCAGCCAGAGCGACGAGCCGGCGGAGAGCGGCGCCGACACACCACGGUUCCUCAACACCCACAAGCCUGCCGUCAACGGCAUGUCGAGUGCCUCUUCCGAUGCCGGCGAGAGCACGCAAGGCCGCAGUAUCUUUGACCGUAUCACGCGCGGUAGUGACGGGCAGCCCAUUAGGAAGCUGUCGCCAACCGACGGGAACCUGUUUGCUGCGCCGAGCGACAAUGAGCGCUCUGUGAGCCCGGCCAAGGAACAGGCUGCUGCGACUGCUCCGGCUGCUCCAGUUCCCGCGGCUCCUGCCGCUCCCGGUAACAACACGUGGAAUGCUGGUACGCGUAUCAAGUUUGCGCCCUCGGCAGGGUCCUCCUUUGGGGCUAGCACCCAGCAAAAGCCGGCCCUGUCCUCGGCCAUUGACUUUGGCUCGACGGCGGCUAACAAGACCACAACCGCGACCACGCCUGCCGCCGAGGCUCCAAAGGAGGCGGCCGCGCAGCCCAUCUUCAGGGCCCAGCCACCAAAGAGUAACGAGAGCACAAACCUGUUCGCCGCGACGAAUGGCACCACGCCCAAUUUGUUUGCGUUCGGCGCUAAGAGCACGGACACACCGGCCGCCGCGCCUUCGUUUGGCUCCAACACUUCAUCCUUGUUUGGCCAGCCAAAGGACAACAAGGACGGCAGCGAGACUCCCAAGGCUGCUCCCGCUCCAUCAACUUCUUUGUUCGGCGCCCAGCCGGCGGCUACCGCAUCGGACACGGCCAAGCCCAGCCUGUUCGCGUCGUCUUCGACAUCGAACCUGUUCGGAAACCAGAGCAAGCCCGAGGCCACGCCCGCUGCGCAGCCCCAAUUCGGUGGUCUGUUCGGCAAGGCUCCGGCCCCAGGUGCGGAGACGCCCGCUGAGAAACCGGCCUCUUCUCUGUGUUCCACCGAUGCCACCGCCAAGCCUGCGACCAACUUAUUCGGGGCCAGCACCGCGACCGGCUCGGAUGCAUCGGCUGCGCCGAAGUUUGCCUUUGGGGGUGUGGAUGCCAAACCCGCUACUACUACCUCUCUGUUUGGCGCCGCCACGCCCGCUCCUGCGGCGGCCGAGCCCGCGGUAACGAAGAACCUCUUCGGCGCUACGACUACAUCCACUGUCCCUGCGACAGAGACGAAGAACCUGUUCGGUAGCACGACGGCUGUCGCACCGGCUACCACCUCCCUUUUCGGUGCGGCUUCGACUCCGGCGCAAGACACAACGUCGCUGUUUGGCAAUGCCUCUACCGACACGGAAGUCAAGCCCAUUUUCGGGGCCACCAAUGCCGAGUCGAAGCCCAUCUUCGGCAGUGCUGCUUCGACCACUUCCGAGAGCCAGCCGGCGACCCUGUUUACCAACACCUCUUCGGCGGCACCCAUCUUCAGCUUCGGAACUAGCUCGACGGCGGCACCAGCCCCGCCAGUCGCUCCGCCUGCAGGUGGUUCCAUCUUCGGCAACGCCGGCGGCUCUUUCAACUUCUCGACAGGCGGUGCCAACGACAACAACAACGGCGCGAUCAAGAACCCCUUCUCGACCGACGGCAGCUUCUCCACGCCCGAGUCGUUCAACUUUGGCACUGGCGAGACCCCAUCAGCGUCGACCUCGUUCACCUUUGGCGCCGGCGCCCCCACCAUCAGCUUCGGUGGCGCGUCGGACAAUGGUGCGCAGCAGCAGCAACAGUCGGUGUCGUUCAACGGCGUCCCGUCGUCCGGUCCCGUUUUCAACUUUGGCGGCGCGUCGCAGCCGAGCUCGGCCCCGAUCUUCUCACAGAACCCCCCUACAGCAGGAUCGAUCUUUGGCAAUAGCCUAGCUCCCGGCGGGGGGACCUCAACAGGUACCAAUUCCCCUUUUACCUUUGGGGGCACGUCCAGCCUCGCUACCACGCCGGCGGCAACGACGCCUGAGCCGUCUGCCACUGCCGCCGCGGCUGCUGCUGAGGAUGGUAGUAAAGGAACAAACGCUGACGGGGAUGACGCACCACAGGAGCAAAUUUCGCUAACCGGCGGCGGCCCGGGCGAGGAGGACGAGUCCGCCGUCCAUGAAGUACGCGCCAAGGCGCUCAAGCUCGUGACGAGUUCCAACAGUAACUCGGACGAGGAAUCCGGGGGCGCGGCCGAUAAGGACAAGGUGGCCAAAGCCAAGAGCUCCUGGAAGACCAUGGGCGUCGGGCCUCUGCGCAUCCUCAAGAACAAGAAGACCGGCACCGUCCGCAUGCUCCUCCGUGCCGAACCUCGCGGCCACGUCGCCCUCAACAAGACCGUGCUGCCCGACUUCACCUACAAGGCGGAAGCCAAGUACGUCAAGGUGACCACCGCCUCCGACGACGGCAAGGCGUUGGAGACGUGGAUGUUGCAGGUCAAGACGCCCGAGUUCGCCACGGCGCUGGCGGAGGCGCUGGAGGAGCACAAGAAGGGGAAUAAGAAAUAA